AUGAGUAACUUCCCGGAGAUCAAGUUACUCAACAACAGUUGCGACAAGAAAACGGAAAGCUACUUCCGUCUUCUGGUUGACGGCAAGCAAGUCAAAUAUCUGACUGUCGAACCGGACACCUAUGAGAAUGACGAAAUGUGCUUUCCACCACUUCUAUACACUAUCCUCCCCAGGUUCCCCACUGGGAAUUGGAACGAUGGUGUUGUGGCCAAAGAUGAAGACGGUCGCCCCUACUUUACACGUAUCAACCUGACCGACUUUCCCGGCGUGGAGAACACCUGGCAAACCUACUGGACGCUGAGUUGGUUUGACGACAUUGUGGUCGCCAAACUCCAGCCCUGGUACUGGUAUAUGGAUUCCAUGGAGAACGAAACUACAGUCUAUCAGUGGUUGGACGGCCUCGGGAUUGGGCCUCGUUUCCUUGGCCAUCUGACUGAACAUGAUCGUGUUAUCGGUUUCUUCAUGGAGCGAAUUCCUGAUGCGCGGCACGCUACAUCUGAGGAUAUUGGCCUCUGCAGGCAGGCGUUGUCUCAACUACAUGCCUUGGGGCUUCGGCACGGCGAUACAAACCGACACAACUUCCUUAUCAGCAAUGGAAAGGCUAUCCUGAUUGAUUUCGAGUCUACCCACAAGUGUGACAAUGAAGACCUGCUUCGGCUGGAGAUGGAGGGUUUGUCUCUUUGUCUUGCAGAUACUUCGGGCCUAGGAGGUACUAUUACCCUUGAAGACUUUCCCGGGACGGACGAGGAGAUGAUGGAUCCAGACUGUUUCUAG